UGGGAGCGCGAGGACCCCGGAAUGCAGUUUGCUCUCGAUCAACUCGGGUUAAUUAGUCAUGUGCAAUUUGUGUCAUCAAAUGUGAUGCGAGCGAAAGGGGAAGUGGAAUAAACGGUGGAUAACAGAGAUAGUGGGAGCUGUGUUAGUUUACGUUUCGGUACUAGGUACUGCUUUCGCUGAGUUACCUACAGAGACCAUGGACUGUGGUGUGUUUACCUCCAAAGCCGUCCUCCUUUGCAUCAGUUUUAUUUUCUGGAUUGCUGGAGGUGUGCUCACAUACGUAGCAGCCACCUUGCUAUCAACCUACAAAGACUAUGCCCACUUUUUUAACGAUCAAUACACUGUGCUCCCAGCUGUUGUGAUAAUUGCCAUAGCAGUGGUGAUGUUUGUGAUUGGAAUCAUUGGAUGUUGUGCGACCCUGAAGGAGUCUCGCUGUGGACUGGGAUUGUUUCUGUUCAUCCUCCUGGUCAUCUUUGCUGCAGAGAUUUCGGUCUUUGUCCUGGGAUUCAUCUACAGGAAACAGGUACAAGUCCAUGAAGGUGUGCAGAAGUCCAUGUCUCUCACCUUUGGGAAGUAUAAUGGGAAAAAUAUAGAAAGCGGGACCGUGGACACCUUGCAGAUGCAGAUGCAUUGCUGUGGAAUUUGGAACUAUACCUACUGGGAACACACUGCAUGGUUCAAAAAGAACAACACUGUGCCCCUCAGCUGCUGCAAGACCGGAUUCUCUAACUGCACAGGCAGCCUGAGUGACCUUGAGCUACUCAAUACUGCAGGAUGUGAGUCCAAGUUGGAGCAGGGUUUGGAAUCUAUUCUGAGCUAUGCUGUGCUGAUCGUCCUAAUUUUUGCCAUUAUUCAGUUUUUUGGCAUGAUCAGCAUCUGCGUGCUCGCCUGCAAACAACGAGAUACAGGCUACGAGCCAAUCUCAUCCGGUGGAACAUAUGCAUAAAGAAAAACCAAGCCAUAAAGACUUGUGAAGUACUGCACUUAACAAGCAGAAGAAUGUCUAGAUGCACCAGUUUAGUUCUGGCCUUGUGUAAAAUGAGAAUUGGUACGAAGCAUUUUAAACUAUUCGCAGCUAAUUUGAAACUAAAUUCAGUGCCGAACGUGAUUAAUUUCACGUCUCCCCUUUGUGCUUGUUUGCUGUUGGAAGAAGUAGUAUUACAAGCAAAGUGAAACGGUGGGGAGAAAUUGCAUUAGAAAAGGAAGGCAGCUGGGGGGAAAAGGCGAAACCUCUGAAUUUAACCACUAGCCAGAUGUUUUUACUUUUCAUUUUGCUUCCAGUUAAUUUUGGGUGGGGGGGGAAUGGUGUUUGGUUCAAAAAGGACCCUAAUCCAAGGAAUUAUGUUUGUUUUUUUGUAUUUACUGUUUUAAGACUACUGUGACCACCUGCACUUGUUUGCCUAUUCUACUGUUUUUGUCGAAUAUCAAGAUAAAUCAACAUUGCUGUGACUGAAAUGUGCACUAAUCAGCAAGUAUGCGGGCAAUUAACUACUCAUGGGUGAAGGGUAAAUCAUUGCACUUGAUGAAAGACAAAACUGUUUCCAAUUUUUGUAGCUAAAUUGGUCAAUCUGAUUUGUCUGCAAGUAUAUUUGGGUUUGGAAUCUUAAUUA